UCAAAACUACGAAAAAAUAUUUCUGACAGGGCAGUUCAGUAAAAGGAGGAGCCCCGACGGUAUCGGCAGUCGAAGAGCAAAGUUGAAAAUGAAAACCAGUGUGACAUUUCUUCUAUUUUACAUACUUCUUCAGAAAGUAACAGUCGAUUCUUUGGAUAUUCAAGCUCAAAAUGUAAAUGAUCUCGUAUGGAGCAAAGAUCAGUGCGAUAGUUAUUGUUUAAGAAUCGUGAGACCCAUGAUUAAUCAUUUCACCAUAAUAAAAGAACAAACUGAUGCUCAUGAUAAAAUGAAGGAAAAAAUCAAUGACUUGGAAAAGCAGGUGGAAAAUUUUAAAACGAAACUCAAUGAGCGGGAAAUCCAAGUAAAAGACAAGGAUGACGUUAUCAAGGCAAGGGAUGAACAAAUUAAGAAUCUAAUUGUCCAAAUAAAUAAACAUUCGAUAGCUAUAAAAGAGGAGAUUCAACAGUUAAAACAUUACAAGGAGCAGCAGCAGAAUCGCACCGUCUCGGGCCUCUAUUACGAUGGCAUUCAGCAGAAGAAAAUUCAAAAUUUACCCCCUUUCGAAGUGUCUUUCGUUUCGCCUUCUUCGGACUGGAUUGUGAUACAAAGACGUAUCGAUGGAAAUGUGAGUUUUGAUCGCGAUUGGGAUGACUAUAAGAAUGGUUUUGGUGACGUAAGAGGAGACUUCUUUAUUGGGCUCGAUAAGCUGCAUUUGCUCACUCAGUCUCGACCUCAUGAAUUAUAUAUCCAACUACAAGAUGUCAAUGGAAUCAACAAAUAUGCUCGCUAUGACAAUUUCCAUGUGGCUAGCGAUAAGGAAAACUAUAAACUAAUAUCAAUAGGAAAAUAUACGGGAAAUGCUGGCGAUUCAUUGGAUAAGCAUGUUGGCUAUAUGUUUUCAACUCGGGAUCGCGAUCAUAAAGUAUACACCCGUAAUUGCGCUGAUGGUGGUCGAGGCGGUUGGUGGUAUAAUAGAAAUGGAUGCGGCUAUAGCGAUUUAAAUGGUAUAUAUCAUAAAGAUGGUUUCGAUUCUGGUCAUUAUGGAAUUUACUGGGGUAGCUUUGCAAACUGGAACUAUACAAUAUCAUUGACAGUUUCUCAAAUGAUGAUGCGGCCAACACUUUAAUUAAAAUAAUAUAUUAAAAUAUUUGAAUCAAAAAACU